AUGCUAACAACAUAUAAUAUAAUAUGGAAAAAGGAAGAAGAAGAAAAUUUAAAAAAUGAUAAAAGAAGAAAAAUUUCUAGCGAAAAGGAAAUAAUAGAUGAAAAAAAAGAUAUAACAAAUUCCGAUUAUGAAGAAUUAAUAAAUGAUAUAGAAGACUUACUAGAAGAACAGCAAAUAAAUGAGACAGAAAAGUUAUAUAAAGAAUCUAAAACACCUAAUGAAAAAUUUAAUAAAAAAAAUAAAUUAAGUAUAACUGAUUUAUCAGCCCAGCUAUGGUGUGAACAACAAUUAGAAUUAGUUUUAACAACUGGGAGAAGAAGAGAAACAGAGGCAAUGAGAUUAGGUAUAGAGAGACAUGAAGUUUUAGAAAAAGCUGAUCAUCUAAUUGUAGAUGUAGAAGUAAAUACAAGGGAGGAAUCUUUAGGUUAUCGUUUAUUAAAUACCAUUACACUUUUAGGUCAGUUGUUUGAAUAUAAAAAAGCAAGAGAAGUUUGGGUAUUUGGUAUUAUAAGAAAUUACGUAUUAAGAGGUAUAAUUGAUGAACUAAGAAUUGAAUAUGAUAAUAUUUCAAAAAGAGAAUAUUUAAUUAUUUCUGAUACAAAAACUAGAAAAGAAAAAAAAGAACCUAGUUUGGCUCAAAAAAGAACAUCAGCUAUUCAAGUACAAACAUACUGUUUAAUUUUACAGCAAUUAAGAAAUGGAAAAGCUGAUUUUAAAAAGUUAUUUGAAAUUUAUGAAUGUGAUCCUCAAUUUGAAUUUACAGCUGUUGAUUUGAAAAAAUAUAAAAAUUUAGAAAAUUUAUCUAAAGAAGUUAAUAAAUUAUUUAUUAAAUUACCAAAAAUUAAGGAAGAAAUGGAAAUAGUUUAUGAGCAUCAAGGAAAGGAAUUUGCUAGAAAUUUAAUACCUUAUUUUUAUCAUUCAACUAUAUAUACUAUUAACUUCUUGCUAGAUUAUUGGGAAGGAAAAAGAUCUAGUGAAGUAGUAGAAAUUUCUGAUAAAUGGAAAUGUAAAUUUUGUGAUUUUGUAAAAAAUUGUGUUAGAUGCCCACUUGAUUAA